CAGCGUGGCCGCUACGGCCCAACUGAGACGCUGCCUGGUAGGUUUGCCAACAGCCGUUGCCCUCCUACAAGAACCAUGGGUGGGCAACGGUCACAUACGCGGGCUCUCCGACACGAAAGGCUGUCGCGACCUAGUCCUUGCCUCGGCGUACAUGCCCGGAGAGGACGAGCCGCCGCCCGCCGAACUACAACGACUGGUCAGCCACUGCGAGAGAGCGGGCCUCGCAUUAAUCAUCGGGGCCGACUCCAACGCACACCACCCGCUGUGGGGAAUGGAGACCAGUAACAACAGAGGUAAGACACUUGUUGAAUAUCUUGUGACUACUAAUCUAAACAUUUUAAAUGUAGGUGCCGAACCAACAUUCGUAAACAAACGAUGCAGGACGAUUAUUGACCUGACUCUGGCUUCGGAGGAGGUCAGUGAACUAGUCAUGGGAUGGCACGUCUCCCAGGAGGCCUCUUGCUCAGACCAUAGAUGGAUUCGCUUCAAUCUACUAGCAUCUAGUGACACACCAACCGCCCGAAGGAAUCCCAGGAAAACGGACCGAGCCACUUUCAGGAAGGUCCUAGGUGAAAGCCUCGACCUGCUUCCUCCGAGGGACGACUUCCGGGAACCGACUGAAAUAGAACAGCAGGUAAACAUCUUAACCGAUGCCCUCGUAGACAGCUACCACAAGGCGUGUCCCUUAAAACCACCGGCAAGGACUGCCAUAACGGGACACAAGUGGUGGGGUCCAGAACUGGAGAGACUCCGACGGAAAACCAGGAGACUCUUCAACAGGGCCAUGAACACAAUGGCCGAGGUAGACUGGGACAACUACUAUGAAGCCAAGGCCAAUUACAAAAAAAGACUGCGGUACUGGAGAUCCUUAUCAUGGAGGAACUUCUGCAGCAGCAUCGAAACACUAGACCACGCCAACCGUGUAAGGAAAACAUUAGCGUACAAGACCACAUCGCAAUUGGGCUCACUCCGGAAACCCGAUGGCACGUACACAUCUUCCCCUGAUGCGUAA